AUGUCUCUCUCUCACACAGACACCUUCUUUCACCCUCUCCUUUUUGCACAUUCUCUCUCUCUCUCUUACAUAUACGCAUUCUCUGCCUCUCUCACACAUCCAUUCUCUUCUUCUGUCACUCCAGCCCUGAAAAAAAAACACAUUCAUCUCCCAAAAGAAAUCACAUUCUCUCCCCCUCUCUCACUCUCUCACACAUAUAUUCUUUAUCUCUCUCUGUCUCUUACCUACACAUUCUCUCCCUCUCUCUCUUACACAUUCUCUGUCUCUGUCUCUGUCUCUUACCUACACAUUCUCUCCCUCUUGCACACACACAUUCUCUCACUCAUGCAUUCUCUCUCUCUCUCUCUCACUCUCUCUCUCUCUCUCUUACCUCCACAUUCUCUCUCAGUCACUUACCUACCCAUUCUCUCUCUUUCUGUCUCUCAUACAUACACAUUUUCUUUCUUUCUUUCUUUCUUUCUUUCUCCCCAUGCAGAUGAUAUUUACCACUUGGUUUUAUAG